AUGGCGUCUGUUUACUGUCCAUCAGAUCAACAUGAAUUUCAAGCUGAAACCAGGCAAUUAUUAGAUAUUGUGGCUAAAUCACUUUAUUCAGAAAAAGAGGUUUUUAUCCGAGAGUUAAUUUCCAACGCCAGCGAUGCCCUGGAGAAAUUACGUUAUUUAGAAUUAACAGGAGCAGAUGUGCUGAAUAGUGAAAUUCCAUUAGAAAUUCACAUCAGAACGGAUGAUGCUAAAAAAACCUUUACAUUACAGGAUACAGGUUUAGGAUUGACUAGAGAUGAGCUAGUAGAAAAUUUGGGAACUAUUGCUAAAUCUGGCUCAAAGGCAUUUGUAGAACAGUUGAAGGGUAAAAAUGAUGUAGCUAGUUCUCUAAUAGGACAGUUUGGUGUUGGUUUUUAUUCUACGUUUAUGGUAGGAGAAAAGGUUGAAGUUUAUACCCAGUCUUAUAAAUCUGAUGAACCAGCUUAUAAAUGGACGUCUGAUGGAACUGGUUCUUAUGAAAUAAGUGAGGCUGAAGGUGUCCAGAGAGGAACUAAAAUUGUGGUUCAUUUAAAGGGAGAUUGUUAUGAUUAUUCUAAAGAAGAUAAAAUAAAUGAAAUUGUCAAGAAAUACAGUAAUUUUGUUGGUGUUCCAAUAUUUUUAAAUGGAAAGAAGGCCAACAUAGUGGAGGCAUUAUGGAUGAGAGAAGGUAGAGAUAUAACAGAAGAAAUGCAUGAAGAAUUUUAUCGUUUUAUUGCCAAUGCCUAUGAUAAACCUAGGUAUCAUAUGCAUUAUAAAACUGAUGCUCCCCUUAAUAUCAGAGCUUUAUUUUAUGUUCCUGAAUACAAACCAACUAUGUUUGACAUGUCAAGAGAUACUGAGAGCUCUGUAACAUUAUAUAGUAGAAAAGUUAUGAUCACACCUAACGCCAGUACUAUUUUACCAAAAUGGCUGAGAUUUGUCAAAGGAGUUGUUGAUAGUGAGGAUAUACCUCUUAAUCUAAGUCGUGAAUUACUGCAAGAUAGUGCUUUAAUCAGAAAGCUACGUAUUGUCCUAACUAAUCGUGUCAUCAAGUUUUUUAUUGAUCAAGCUAAGAAAGAUAAUGAGAAAUUUAUGAAGUUUUAUGAAGAUUAUGGACUGUUUCUAAGAGAAGGUAUUGUUACUACACAUGAACAAGAUCAAAGAGAAGAUAUUGCAAAACUAUUGAGAUUUGAGUCAUCUAAUUUACCUGAAGGUCAGAGAACAACAUUAAAUGAAUACGCUGGUAGAAUGAAGGCUGGUGCCAGAAAUAUUUACUUUUUAUCAGCACCAAGGUUUAAGAUGGAAACAGGAAGAGAUUCACUGCCAGAGGGGGAGAUCUUACAUGAAAGUAUAAAGUCUAUCAAUUCUGAAACCGACAUUGCCAGGAAGUGUUUAAAACUUAAAGAACAUCAAGAUGGGACACCUCAUGUAUUGCUAAAGAUAAACAAACCUAUGACAAUAAAUCAAACUUGUUCAGUACACCAGGGAAAAAAACCUCCAACUGGGAAUAAACAAGAUAUUGAUGCCAAGAAAGUGUCUAAUGCUGUAUCCAAGGGUGAUUUCAAACCUAUUGUUUUAUCAUCUGGUAAACCAACAUUUAUUACAUUUGAUUUGGAGACUACUGACUUUAUACGAGGAGAUCGAUUUCCACAUAUAACACAAAUUGCUGCUAGUGAAAUAGAGUCUAAUGAAUCAUUUUCUACCUAUGUUCUACCUGAAUUGCCAAUGUCACAAGGAGCUCAAUAUGUCACUGGUGUCACAGUAACUGACACUGGCAUUAUGAAAGUCAAAGGCAAAGAAGUGAAUAAAAUCUCCAUUAAAAUUGCUAUCCAGAAGCUUUGUGAAUGGCUGGAUAAUUUUCCUAAUGUUGUGUUAGUGGCUCAUAAUGGAAGAAGCCGUCACCUGGCAGAAACAUCACCAUAUUAUGAGGCAUUAAAGAAGAAAGAUAUAGAAGUAUUAUUUUUGUAUGAACCCUAUGAUGAACUGGUAUUAAUGAACCUGGGACAAUUUGAUAAGAAAAAUUUAAAAUCAGUAGAAAACGAAUUAGCUGAUGAUAAGGAAGAUACCAAUACAGUUAAUGAAAAUGAUAAAGAAAGUUUGGUACAAUCUGAAGCUGAUUCGUUAAUACAAUGGUUAGAAACAGUUUUAACUAACAAAGUUAAUAAAAUUAAGGUAACCAAGAGAUUGGUAACACAUCCGUGUAUAGUAACAGUAUCAGAAAUGGGAGCUGCUCGUCAUUUUCUACGUACAACACUAGCUGAGAAAUCACAAGAAGAUAGAUUACGAUUAUUACAACCUACAUUGGAACUUAAUCCCAGUCAUCCUCUGAUAAAAAAGAUGUUUGCAUUAAAACAAGAUAACCCAGAGUUAGCAGGCCUAUUAGCUGAACAGUUAGAUAUUAAUGAAACAUCAGUAUGUUAG